GCCGUGCGGCAUCGAGGCAACAGCUGUUCCGCGGAUGAUUGUCAAAUUUAGAGCCGCGGUGCGUUUUAGUUUCCCCCUCCCUCCCGAUUAAUUUAGAAGGGGGGAAAGUGAGUAAGCGGUUGAAUCAUUUUCUUUUCGGACGACAUUUUAAAAGAAAGAACUGGGAUGCACAUGCAAAUGAAUGUCUAGAAUAAUGUUGUAGUGGCGCCAUUUGCGGAGGAACUAGACACUACAGUGAUUCAACUUCGUUGUUUCGCGGGAGUCGGACGGAUUGAUUGUCGUGCAUUUUAUGUACAAGAUUAUGCGGCAUUAUUGUGGUGUUGAGAGUAUCGGAAUCGUGGCGAUCGAUAUAACGGCAUCAUGGUGGUCAAUACAGAGGAAGCAUAGUGUUCAAUAUAGCGGAAUCAUGGCGGAUUUGCAUGCAGGAAUUGCAGGAUUUCGAUGCGGCAUGGAUCAAAGGCCAAAUUUCAGCAAGAGGGAACCAGGAGGAAUCAGAAUGGUACAAUCCCAUGCGACAAGUCCUUUCGUCCUUUGAGGCAGAGAAACCAGGGAAAGCAUUACUGAUUUACGACAUGACCACAUUGAACUCAACGGUUCCUUUGGGAAGAUGCAGAUGUGAUUAUAUAUAUUUGGCGUUGCAGUACAAGGAAAAAUUCGGUUCGGGCCCAGCAGGCUCGAAGAUGCAAAUGUGGUUAUAUUUGGCGUUGCAGCACCGAAGGAUUCGGUUCGGGCCAAUCAGGAUCGGCUCGAAGGUCUGAAUCAGCGGUAUCGGUGAGUGAAAUUUAAGAUAACUGGCAAUUUUUUGACUGGCUUUUUCUCCACGAGAUCGCUAUCUUUGCGAAAUCAAUGCGAUCUAUCUUGCAUAGAUUUUUGCGUGGCACUCAUCGCAAUAAUAAAUUAAAAUUAAGAAAAUAUCU